AGUUGGUUCUAUUUUCCUGCAACACCCAUAUGUUUAAAUACGGAGCACACAUGGUUAACGCUAAUGGUCUCAACUCGUAGGGGCAGGGUUUACAGAUGAGGACGGACCGGGUUAUAGUACACUCUCCCGAGUCCAAGCACCCUCUAAUCGGGGAAUACGAGAAAGGCGCUCGGUCACCUUACAUUUGUAUAAUUACCUUUUUUAUGACAUUGUUUUUAUUUAUGACCGAAGGGUAUUUACAAUAAGGACCGGCAUACAGCUGCACGUCUUCAGAAAAAGAGCGCCUGGACGAGACAAAACUUUCACUUCAUCCAAACUUCACGUUUCAGAAGGUAUCUUUUGCUGACAGAGGCGACACUGUGUCACAACAUGAGCACCUGCAUAUUAAGAGCACCCGUUUCCAAAGGGUUCAGCCUGCAGUUUGCAACCACAUUUGCAAAGAAGACCAGUUGCUAUGGAGUGCAGAGGCUGGGCUCCACAGCAGCCCCCCAGCCCCAGGUCUGCAUUGUGGGUGGUGGUCCGGCAGGAUUCUACACAGCACAGCACCUGCUCAGGAGUCACAAAGGAGUCCAGGUGGAUGUCUUUGAGAAGCUCCCAGUUCCCUUUGGCCUUGUGCGGUUUGGAGUGGCGCCUGACCACCCCGAAGUCAAGAAUGUGAUCAACACUUUCACUCAAACAGCCCGCCAGGAUCGCUGUGGGUUCUACGGCAAUGUUACCGUGGGCUCGGACGUCACAGUGGAGGAGCUGAAACAGGCAUACCAUGCUGUCAUUCUGAGCUAUGGUGCUGAAGGGAGCAGGAGCCUGGGGAUCCCUGGGGAGGAGCUGUCUGGAGUGCACUCCGCUAAAGACUUUGUGGGCUGGUACAACGGGGUGCCAGGGAACAAGGACCUAAAGCCGGACCUAAGCGCUGAGACGGCGGUGAUUCUGGGGCAGGGGAACGUGGCUCUGGACGUGGCCAGGAUCCUGCUGUCCCCUCUGGAGCUGCUCAAGAAAACAGACAUCACUGCAGGUUCCUUGGAGGCCAUCACGGAUAGCAGGGUGAGGAGGGUGCUGAUCGUGGGGAGACGGGGCCCCCUGCAGGUCGCCUGCACAAUCAAGGAGCUGCGGGAGAUGAUAAACCUGCCCGGGACUCAGCCUGCCCUUGACCCGCGGGACUUCCAGGGGCUCCGAGAGGCUGUACAAGAUAUCCCCAGACCCCGCAAGCGUCUCACGGAGCUCCUGAUGAAGGCAGCGCUGGAGAAGGCUGCUGGGAAGGAGGCGGAGCGUGAGUGGAGCCUUCGUUUCCUGCGCAGCCCCACCCACAUCCUGCCCAGCCCAGACAGGAGCAGAGCAGCAGGGAUCCGAUUGGCUGUCACCCGCCUGGAGGGCUCGGGGGAGCAUGCCCGGGCGGUACUAACGGGGGAGGUGGAGGAGGUGGAGUGCGGGCUCAUCGUGAGCAGCAUCGGUUACCAGAGUCUGCCCAUUGACCCGGCCGUUCCCUUUGACCUGCGGCAGGCCAUCAUUCCCAACAGAAUGGGCCGUGUGCAGCAGGCUCCCGGCCUGUACUGCAGUGGUUGGGUGAAGAGGGGCCCCGCAGGGGUGAUCGCCACCACCAUGAAUGACAGCUUCGACACGGCCUGCUCCGUGCUGGAGGACAUGGAGUCGGGACAGCUGGACACCAGCACCCCCAGAGCAGGGGCCUGCAUGCUGCAGGCUCUCCUGAAACAGAGAGGUGUGACGCCUGUCUCCUUCGCUGGCUGGGAGAAGAUCGACGCUGUGGAGACGGCGAGGGGCCGAGAGGUUGGCAAACCGCGGGAGAAGCUAGUGGACGUGCGGGACAUGCUGAAAGUGGCUAGUCUAUGAGGGAGUCUGCUGGGUACAAUUCUGCUGCUAUGGACAAAUGUUUUGCAUCACCUACAAUCUUAGGAUUGAGAUAUCAUUAAAAAAAACUAGAUAUAAUUUCAAUCUUUGAUUUUGUGUAAUUAAGGAAAUUACAAAAUGGUGUCGCAGAAGUCUACUGGAAGCCGUACGAGCAGUACAGUAUGUCAUUUCCAAAUGUCACAUUUUUCAAUUUGUCAGUUUUUCGUUAAGUAUAUCGAAAACUACAAGGUGGUAUGUAAUUCAAUAUGGUAAUGAGACACUGCCCAGUCACUGCAAGCUUUAAUCAGCGCACUGGGCUAACUUUGUGGAGUUGGAUCAAGCCUUACAACUACACACCGAUUCACUUAACAAAUCAUCUGGGGUGUGCUACACCUCAACACUGUACACGUUGAAACUGGAAGUGCAUUGAGCCUUUUCCUUGCCCUGUAGAUGGCAGUUCAUUAUUGAUUCUUUUUUCAUUUAUAAUUGUGAAUGUCUUGUGAAAGGUGCGGUGCAGUGGCACUGGCUACAGUCAGGCAUGAUGCCAGCACUCAGGCAGGCUCUGGGAGAGCUCCUAAAAGCUUGCUAUCCUUAUGGUAGCUUUUAAAUUCUACCAAAUAGCUAAAUCUAUCAGAACUGUGUGAAAUUAUUUAAUGGAAACACUGCAUAAAAUACCAAAACCAAAUGUACACCCCCUGCCUGCCAUUCCUUGGCCUCUCACUGGCAUUUCUGAAACCAAAAUGUGUCACACACAAAAAAAAAACCAGAACAAUUAAACCAUUAAAUUAAAAACAGUCUAAUACAGAAUUAGUUGAAAACAAAAAAAGAUUUAAAAAGAGAUUUAAAAAAAUAAUGUUUUAAUUGUAAAAAAAAAAAACGCUAGUUUGUAGCAAUGGAAUUUAAUAAAAUUAGAAUUUAAAAAAGGACAAAAAGAAAAUGCAGUUUAGAACAACUAAGAUAGAAAAGCUGUACAUUUUCAGUCUUGAUUUAGUAACACUAAGAGUCCUGUUUCCCUGACAGAAGGUGGUAGAGCAUUCCAGAACGUAGGAGCUUCACAAGAGAAGGCCCUUCCUAAUGAAAAAUGAAUGUUUACAGUGUACCUUAUUGCUGUCGGUACGAAUGCUGUCCAGGGGGUAAACAGGAAGCUGACAUUCCCAUACCUGUAACUUCCUUUCAUUCUUAAAGCAGGAACUGGAGCUGUUUCCGCUUCCUCCUCUGUGUUUGGGAAUCGCGGGGUGAAAUGUGUUUGUUGCUUGUGGCUGUUAUUUGAUUACAGCUUCUUAUACAGCUGUUUGUUAUUGGUAAGAUUACUUACAACCGUAGAAAUGCAUUUAGGAAGUGAAGCAUAAUAUUGAAAAUAUCCAUGUGUUAUUUUCUUUCACAACAUUUCAUUAUGGUGGAGUGGUUCGGAUUAGCAAGAGUACCUACUGAAAUACCUACUUGAGUUACUGUAUAAUGUGCACCUCUUGUAUUGCCCUCUAUAGAGAACACUGUAAACAGUAUAUUACUGCCUUCUAUAUAACAGACAGCUGGAUAGCUCAUGCACAAACACUAUGGUAUCAUAUACAGCUCAGGCGUACAGACAAAUAACGUUAUGAAAUGAGCAGCUGAGUGUUUGCAAACUAUUUUUGGGAGCAGAUUAUUGGUGUUUUGGUAAACUUACGCUUAGUGUAUAAAGCUAAUAUUGUCAACAAUGGCUUGUGAGGUAAAACCCUUUGUUUAUUAAUUGUAUAAUUAUAUACAAUUAAGUGCACUUUCCUUAUGAAGCAUUUCAUUUAAAAACAAGAGCCUUGCUAGUUCUUGGUGUGGUUUAAUCAGUACAUAUUGGUGCUGCAUUUCCACUUGGGUCUAGGGUUCACUUUGUUGACUUUCAGUUUCUGUUCACAUCAGUGCUAUUUUAAUUGGCACGUAUGUGCACCUGGGGUUGGAGGAAUGCAUGUCACAGUCAAUUAUCUCAACUAUCUGUUGCAGAUUCUUCUGUUUACCACAUUUCCUUUGUGAUAAACAGAAGCAUGUUCAACAGGUAACUGUUUUCUGUUUGUUUUGAUGGCUUGUUUUGCUUUUCAGCUUUGUAUUGAGAAACAUGUCAAGACAAGGGACCUGACAGAGAUUCAUUUGGAUAUGCAUUCAAGUUUUGUGGAUUCAUAGUAAUGUAAUGCCAAAGUAAAUAGUGUGAAUCUGGGUCUGUGAGACAAGUGCCAACAAGAGCACACCUGCACUAGGGCUGCAUAUUCUCCAACAAUACUGCACAGACUCACAUAUUCUCCAACAAUACUGCACAGACUCACAUAUUCUACAAUACUGCACAGACUCACAUAUUCUACAAUACUGCACAGGAUCACAUAUUCUAUAACAAUACUGCACAGACUCACAUAUUCUGUAACAAUACUGCACAGACUCACAUGUUCUACAAUACUGCACAGACUCACAUAUUCUAUAACAAUACUGCACAGACUCACAUAUUCUACAAUACUGCACAGACUCACAUAUUCUCCAACAAUACUGCACAGACUCACAUAUUCUCCAACAAUACUGCACAAACUCACAUAUUCUCCAACAAUACUGCACAGACUCACAUAUUCUCCAUCAAUACUGCACAGACUCACAUAUUCUAUAACAAUACUGCACAGACUCACAUAUUCUACAGCAAUACUGCACAGACUCACAUAUUCUACAACAAUACUGCACAGACUUGCAUAUCCUACAACAAUACUGCACAGACUCACAUAUUCUACAAUACUCACAUAUUCUAUAACAAUACUGCACAGACUUGCAUAUUCUACAACAAUACUGCACAGACUCACAUAUUCUAUAACAAUACUGCACAUACUCACAUAUUCUACAAUACUGCACAGACUCACAUAUUCUCCAACAAUACUGCACAAACUCACAUAUUCUCCAACAAUACUGCACAGGCUCACAUAUUCUACAGCAAUACUGCACAGACUCACAUAUUCUAUAACAAUACUGCACAGACUCACAUAUUCUACAACAAUACUGCACAGACUCACAUAUUCUCCAACAAUACUGCACAGACUCACAUAUUCUACAACAAUACUGCACAGACUCACAUAUUCUACAGCAAUACUGCACAGACUCACAUAUUCUAUAACAAUACUGCACAGACUCACAUAUUCUCCAACAAUACUGCACAGACUCACAUAUUCUCCAACAAUACUGCACAGACUCACAUAUUCUACAACAAUACUGCACAGACUCACAUAUUCUACAGCAAUACUGCACAGACUCACAUAUUCUCCAACAAUACUGCACAGACUCACAUAUUCUCCAACAAUACUGCACAGACUCACAUAUUCUCCAACAAUACUGCACAGACUUGCAUAUUCUACAACAAUACUGCACAGACUCACAUAUUCUACAACAAUACUGCAGACUCGCAUAUUCUACAAUACUGCACAGACUCACAUAUUCUACAACAAUACUGCACAGACUCGCAUAUUCUACAAUACUGCACAGACUCACAUAUUCUACAACAAUACUGCAGACUCACAUAUUCUAAAACAAUACUGUGCCGACACAUACUUUGUGCUGAUCCUGUUUUCCAUACAGCUAUGUUGUUAGAUUUCGAAAUGUCACAUUUUUAAAUUGUAUUUAAGUAUAUGGAAAACUACAAAGCGGUAUGUAAUUCAAUAUGUUAACGUAACAUUAGUUAACAGGUUUCAUUCGACUAUGAAUCAAAAUGAGCUAACUCUGUAGGGCAAUGCUAAACUUUUGGCUGUAGAUGUAUAUCGGGGUGUAAAGUUUGUACUUGCUUCGUCUAGUUUACUACUGCUAACGUUUAGCAUUCACUAAACUCAGGCCACUAAAUUGACACUCUAUUGUACCUUGAACAGUUUGUUUGUACCUUCAAUAUUGCAUCUACUCAAUGGGGAGCACAUUUAUUCUCUCUGGUUUUUCAUUUCCAUUGUAUGACUGCUAGUGAUAUAGAUAUAUUUUGAUUGAAUGCACCCAUAUUAUUCAUUUAAAAAGCCCAGAGAGCUCCAUGCCAUUUCUAUGUUAUUCACUAUGGUAAGGAAAGGAAAGUAUAAUGUUGAAACAUCCCAUCUUGAAACUCUUCACAUGUUCUGAUCUAGUGGAUGUGCCUCUUCUGUUUUGGAUGAAUGGAUUCUCCCUUUCUUAAACUGUGUGUAUGUUCCCAUUGUUGUGGUGUAAACACAAGAAAUUGAAAAUAAAUCUGUUGAAAAAGAA